GUCACUCGCCUAAGGAGAAUGAGUCAACGUCGAGUCAUAGUUGACCCGGCCUAACGCCUCCUGACGACCAGUCCAGGGCUUAGUCAGCGGGGCCCCGAGUGGCUUCCCUGGCUGGCACCUGGACUUAGGCUAUUUCUGUUCACAUUGUACAGCAGAAUAGUGGAACAGAGAGGAGAGAACUUACAAAUCAUUUUUACUUCCACUCAAGCUUUAGCCCUGAUAUCUUACUCUCAGGACUUAGGACAGGAAAAGCUGUCGGGUGCACUCCCCCUCCCCCAACUUGUGGCAAGUGGGUACCGUGGGCGGUUCUCCCACCCGCCUUCGCAGUGAUGGCGAGUGACCACCAGCGUUAGCGGAGCCGGGGGACGGGGGAGGGUUGAUUGCUUAAACGACUCUCCAUCGCCACCGCCUCUUUUUGAAACUAAAAGAAAAUGGUGGGAAGUCAAAAGAAAAUUAAAUAAACACGCCGGCGACUUGUCCUACGACCUCAACUAAACAAAUGAAGCUUUAUAGCGCGUGCUGAACCUGCAGUCCCUAACCUUCUCGGGAAGAUGGGAGGACAGGGCAACAAAGGGCACAGUAGGCAUGCCUGGCAGUAAGUGCGACAGCAGCUACCCAGGCGGUAGAACAGAGGACUGAAAAUCACCCACCAGCACGCGGGUGUCCGCCGGGGAGAGAACCGCGAACCUUACCCACGGACCACGUGACCAGCCUUUUUUUUUUUUUAAUUUUCUUUGCCCUUAAAAAAAAAAAAAAAAAAAGAGCGAGCGAGAGACUCCACUUCCCAGAAGCCUCUCGUUACCCACGCAGCAGCAGUUUUGCGCAGGCGCCACUAAGUCCAAACGGACGCGUCCGUCACGUGGAAUUAACUAGCCAACCCGGUUUGAAUCCUAUUUUUUCCUCUCACCCCCCCCACCCCCUUCAGGAGCGGUUGUGUGAUCAGAUCGAUCUAAGAUGGCGACUGUGGAACCGGAAACCACCCCUACUCCUAAUCCCCCGCCUACAGAAGAAGAGAAAACAGAAUCUAACCAGGAGGUUGCUAAUCCAGAACACUAUAUUAAACAUCCUUUACAGAACAGAUGGGCACUCUGGUUUUUUAAAAAUGAUAAAAGCAAAACUUGGCAAGCAAACCUUCGGCUGAUCUCUGAGUUUGAUACUGUUGAAGACUUUUGGGCUCUGUACAACCAUAUCCAGUUGUCUAGUAAUUUAAUGCCUGGCUGUGACUACUCACUUUUUAAGGAUGGUAUUAAGCCUAUGUGGGAAGAUGAGAAAAACAAACGAGGAGGACGAUGGCUAAUUACGUUAAGCAAACAGCAGAGACGAAGUGACCUCGAUCGCUUUUGGCUAGAGACACUGCUGUGCCUUAUUGGAGAAUCUUUUGAUGACUACAGUGAUGAUGUAUGUGGAGCUGUUGUUAAUGUUAGAGCUAAAGGUGAUAAGAUAGCAAUAUGGACUACUGAAUGUGAAAACAGAGAUGCUGUUACAUAUAUAGGGAGGGUAUACAAGGAAAGGUUAGGACUUCCUCCAAAGAUGACGAUUGGUUAUCAGUCUCAUGCAGACACAGCUACUAAGAGCGGCUCCACCACUAAAAAUAGGUUUGUUGUUUAAGAAGACACCUUCUGAGUAUUCUCAUAGGAGACUGCGUCAAGCAAUCGAGAUUUGGGAGUUGAACCAAAGCCUCUUCAAAAGCAGAGUGGACUGCAUUUAAAUUUGAUUUCCAUCUAAACAUUGCAAAGAUAUGAGAAGUCUCAUUCGCCUUUGUCUUGUACUUCUGUGUUCAUUUUUUUUUUUUUAACUUUGGCUAGAAUAUUCACUUACCCAAUCAAAGAAUUAACAGUACACAUUGUCCCCAGAAUCCAAAAAUGUGUUUCUGGCCUACUGUGUAAUAUCUUAGGAAAAUUAUCAUUACAAACACUUGACCCAUCCACAAAGUUCAAAAAGACCUUAACAUUUCUCUAUACCUUACAGGAAAAGAAUUCUGUUUAUGUUCCAUUGUAUGCAGGAGCAUAUUUUGCUGGUUUGAAAGAGUAUGAUGCAUACAGUUUUCUAGCAAUUUUGUUUGUUUCUUCUUUUUUUUUUUUGUCUUUUUUUUUUUUUUACAGCAUUGUCUUUGCUGUACUCUUGCUGAUGGCUGCUAGAUUUUAAUUUAUUUGGUUCCCUACUUGAUAACAUUAGUGAUUCUGAUUUCACUUUUUCAUUUGUUUGCUUUGUUUUUUUCCUCAUGUAACAUUGGUAAAGGAUCCAGGAAUAUGACACAAAGGUGGAAUAAACAUUAAUUUUGGGCAUUCUUUGGUAAUUUUUUGUUUUUUUAUAACUACAAAGCUUUGCUACAAAUUUAUGCAUUUCAUUCAAAUCAGUGAUCUAUGUUUGUGUGAUUUCCUAAACAUAAUUGUGGAUUAUAAAAAUGUAACAUCAUAAUUACAUUCCUAAUUAGAAUUAGUACGUCUGUUUUUGUAUCUCUUUGCUGUAUUUUAACACUUUGUAUUACUUAGGUUAUUUUGCUUUGGUUAAAAAAUGGCUUAAAUAGAAAAGCAAUCCCAUUCACAUUAAGACAGUGUACAAAACUGUAAAUAAAAUGUGUACAGUGAAUUGUCUUUUAGACAACUAGAUUUGUCCUUUUAUUUCUCCAUCUCUAUAGAAGGAAUUUGUACUUCUUAUUGCAAGCCAGUCUCUAUUGUCUUCUCUUGUAGUGUCUUCCCUGUGAACAGCAUAAGUUUGGAGCACUAGUUUGAUUAUUAUGUUUAUUACAAUUUUUAAUAAAUUGAAUAGGUAGCAUUGUAUAUGUGGAAUAAAUCAAUGUGGCUAUCUGUUUUUUUAUAAAAUAAGGCCUUGUCCCUCAGUCUUAGGUAAAUCAAAUAUUCUUAAUAUGUUUUAACUUAUAAGAAUUGUGACUUUGUGCAUCACCAUUUGAUUGUUAGGAAUAGUAGUUGUAAAACUUGGUUGCCGUGUCAAAAUGAUGGCAUAGGGAGAGUGCAGGUGGUGGUGGGCAUAUACAUUAAGAAUGUUGUUAGUGUUGCUGCCUAAAUAGAAUGUAGUAAGACAUUUAUAUUGGUAAAUUGGUCUGGUAUGGUUUUAUGUAAACUUAAAUUUGAUCUGUUCUUUGUAGGUAUCAUUUGAAAGCAAAUUUGAAAACAUGUUGCCUAUAAUAUGUAAUUAGAGAUUUCAGAUGCCAAGAAAUGAAAUAUGGCUAUCAUAGACUAAUGUAAGCUGAACUAUAGAUAGAAUGGAAAUCAUUCAAUUAGAAGAAAAUGUGUCUUUUAAGUGAAAAUGGAAAAGCUUGACGAAAGUUCUAUGUAAAAUAAACAUGAAAUUAAUUUCAAUGAAGAAUUUUAAGACAUUGUAAAGGGUACUUCCCACAGGGGGUACCUACCACAGGCUAUCGUCUGAGUACUCUCGAUAUCACAAACAACUCUUGUUCAGUGUUCCAGAAUUACUGGCUCUUGUGUUUAUAAUCUCAAUUUACUAAACCUAGUAACAUGUUUAA